AUGGAUCCCUCGGCAGCCUUCGGCCUCGCCAACACCGGCCUUGCCUACUUUGGUGGUCGUCUCUUCGCCCUCGGAGAGCCGGAUCUCCCCUACGCCGUUCACCUCUCCCCAUCCGGCGAUAUAACCACCAUGGGCCGGUGGGACUUCGGGGGUAAACUCUCCAUGGGCACGACGGCCCAUCCCAAGAAGGACCCCAUCACCGGCGAGGUUUCUGCUUUCCGGUACAGCCCCGUGCCCCCGUUCGUCACCUACUUCCGCAUUGAUGCCGAGGGAAGGAAGCAGCCGGACGUGUUAGAAACUCGCCGGAGAGACGACGGCAGUUAAGACGUCGCCGGCGAGAUCAACUCACGAGUCACAGGAAAACACAGGAGGAACAAGGAAGACUUUCUCUAAUUCUUUAAAAAAGCUCUUACAGUCCUAUUAAAUAAGAAAAUAAAGGGUAAAGAAAUAACCGUAAGAAAUAAUUAACUGGCUAGUAACGCACAUCAUGCAGAAAAUUUCGUAUUAUCGCACAACGUGCUCUGAUCGUGUACACGUCAGAGCACUUCUCGCAUAACCGUACUAUGCCGUUAUGCGAACAUGGAGGGCCACGUGCAAGGCUCUCAUUCACAAUCUCCUCUUGAGUCUUGCUGUGCUCACCACGAACAUCAACGAGGCCAAUCUUGACGCAAAACUCAUGAAACUUGACUUUUCCGAGUGACUUCAUCAGAAUGUCUCCUAACUGUUCUUCACUCCUGAUGAACUCCACAUUGAUCUAGUCUUUUUCUGCGAAUUCCCGGACAAGAUGAUACUUCACUUCAAUGUAUUUGCUAUGUCUAUGAAGAAUCGGGUUCUUGAUCAACCCAAUGGCAAACUUGUUAUCUACCCUUAGCUUCGGCACGCUUGGUGCUAAGCCAUGUACCUCUAUUAGCACCCGAGUGAGCCACACACCCUGGCAGGCAGCAAUGGCGGCCGUAAUGUACUCAACCUCGCAGCUAGAUUGAGCCACCACCUUCUGCUUCAUCGACUGCCAAGUAAUUAGGCUGUUGGCCAAGAAGAAAAUCACUCUAGUCGUACUCUUCCGAGCAUCAACAUCACCAGCGAAGUCACUAUUGCUGAACCUUGUCAGCUAGACCUGCUCCUCCUUUCUUUUAUACCUGAGACCCCAGCUCUUGGUUCCCGCCACAUAGUAGAGAAUUUGCUUCACAACGGCCAAGUAAUCCUUACGUGGCUCCUCCAGAAAACGACUCACAUAGCCAACAACAAAUGGCAAGUUUGGACGAGUAUUGACCAGGUACCUAAGACUCCCCACGAUGCUUCUGUAUGCUGUUGCAUCCACCAGCGGCUCCGUGCUCCUCUUGCUCAAUUUCAGACACGUUGCCAUUGGUACUUGACAAGGAUUGCACCCUGCCAUGCCCCUCCUCUCCAGAAUCUUGGCGGCGUAGGCUCCUUCGCUAAUCGAGGUGCCCCCCACGCUCUACCUGACUCCAAUGCCGAGAUAGUAGCGAAGCAAGCCGAGGUCGCUCAUCCUGAAUGCGUCAGCCAUCUCCUUUUUGAACUACUUGAUGUCGUCGCAGCUGGUGCCGAUGAUCACCAGGUCGUUGACGUACACCCCGACCACUAGCUGCGCCUCCCCGUUCUACCUGGUGUAGAUGGCGUGCUCUGAGGGACUCCUGAAUCUGAACGACAAUAGCGUGUCAUCCAGCUUCGCGUUCCAGGCCCUAGGCAUCUGAUGCAAGCUGUAGAGUGUCUUCUUCAGCUUGAACACCUUGUGAUCGUUGCCCAUGCUGAUGAAACCGGCCGGCUGCUCCACGUACACCUCCUCCUUGAGAUCACCAUUCAAGAACGCCGACUUGACAUCCAUGUGGUGCACCUCCCACCACUCGUGUGCCGCGAGAGCGAUGAGAAGGCGCACCGUGUCCAACCGCGCCACAGGUGUGAAUACCUCGUCGUAGUCGAUCCCCUAGCGUUGCGCAUAGCCCUUCACCACUAGAUGCGCCUUGUACUUCGCCACAACUCCGUUUUCAUCCCGCUUCACCUUGUACACCUACUUCAACCCGAUCGCCCGGCGACCAUAUGAGAGGUCAACCAGGGACCAAGUGCGGUUCUCCUCGAUCGACACCAUCUCCUCCUCCAUAGCCUUCCUCCAGCUCGGGUGGCCGUCUGCUUCAGCAAAAGAGAUCGACUCAUCAGAACUUACAGCGUGCAGCUCCUCUGCAAUUAACGCCCGCGACGUAAGACCACACGGUGAGGCCAGCCCAACGAUGUCGUCGAUCUUGCGGAACCGGAGUGGCGCAUCAUCGUGAUUAACAUCCAGGUGGUCAAUGUGGACACUGGGUGGAGUGGCGAACUCCACCUCCUCUCCUCCAUCUUCAAUCGGCACCGCUCCCCCACUGGAGUGCACGGAUGGCGGCGACAUCGGCUCCGGUCCCGGCGCAUCAUCAUCAAGUACCUCGAUGGCGCCAUCGAGCUCCGGAGGUACCUGGUUCCCGACGGCAUACUCCAAUGUGAACAUGUCGUCGUGGCUGCCCGCAUCCCCUUACUCCGCGCCGCUGCCCCAGUCCCACUGGGCAUUUUCAUCGAACACCACGUCCCGUGUCACAUGGACACGCCUCGUGGUGGGAUCGUAGGCACGGUAGGCCUUUGAUCCGCACUCGUAGCCAAUGAAGAUCAUCUUGCGGCCGCGGUCCUCCAGCUUCUUGAGAUGCGGUAUCGUGUUCAGGACGUAGGCGAUGCAUCCGAACACCUUCAGAUGGUGCACCGCCGGCUUCUUCCCGUGCCAUACCUCGAAAGGCGUCAUGCCGUCCACUCUCUUCGUCGGACACCGGUUCAGGAUGUAUACAGCAGUUGCCACUGCCUCACCCCAAAACCAGCCCGGCAGCCCCUUUGCCUUGAGCAUGCUCCUCGCGGUUGCUACCACCGUGCCGUUCCUGCGCUCGACGAUGCCAUUCUGCUGCGGGCUGUACGGCGCCGUGUGGCGUUUCCGGCGCAAUCGGACCACAGAGGUCGCUGUGCACCAGCUCCAGAACACGCCGCGCCCGGUACUCUCCCUGCUUGGGGAACGGCGACCGUUUCUGCUUGCCAGCGAGACACGCCUCACACACCUGGUCCACCUGACCAACUGCCGGCAACCCGCGCACCAGCUCCUCUCGAGCCAUCUUCCGCAGCGCGGUCAUGUUGACAUGGCCGAGGCGCGCGUGCCAUUUCCAAGCUUCUUCGACUCCCCGCGCCUCCAGGCACACCGGCCCAACCAGUUUGGCGUGGAGAAUGUACAGCCGGUUCUCUCCGCGCAUCACCUUCGCCAGGAGCCGUCCGCCUGGCUCAUGGACCUUCAUCGCCCCCUUCUCGAUGUCGAUAUGGUACCUGGCCUCAUCGAGUUGGCCGACGCUGACGAUGUUCGUCGUCAGUCGGGGAAUGUAAUACACCCCCGCGAAGGACCGGUGCUCGCCGUUCUUGCACAGGAACACGAUUGCCCCCCGGCCUUCGAUCCGCGCCACCGAGUCGUCGCCGAACCGCACCGUCCCAAGUACCGCCGUGUCCAGCUCGGUGAAAGCCGUACGGGAACCCGACAUGUGGAUCUGGGUCUAGGCGCCUGGCUUCCUCUUCUUUGGCGGCCCCUCCAUUGACGGGGACCCCUUUUGCUACCGGCGGCGGUGGGCUUGCACGCCGGAGCCGAUCCUCUGCCUGCGGAGUCGCAGCAAAACGUGGUGGAGUGGAGGUUGGUGGCGGCGCCGUCGAUAUGGCCGUCGUUGACUUCACGAGAAGGAGCGAGGCCGCCUCCUCAUCCUGGACGAGGUGGGCCUGCUCUUUCUUGGGCUUGGAGCGGCACUCGCGGGCCCAGUGGCCCAGCUUCCCGCAUCUCCUGCACUCAUCACCGCUGGGCCGGCCUGAGUUGCCCGUCAGGCCGCCUGAUGACGAGCCCUUGUCGCUGCCACGGCCGCGCCCGCGCCCGCGCCCGCGCCCAUGUCCGCCACGGUGCGUCACGCUGCUGCUACCUCCACCACCAGUUUUCUCAGCAUCACGCUUCCUCCGCCGUGCGUCCCACUCUUCCUCGGUCAGGUACAGCUUGCCGUCGUGGUGCAUAGCCGACAGCGGUUUCUCGAAGGCAUCCUCCGCCGCCUUGAGCCGACCCGUCAAAUCCGCGACGGUGAGCGUCGACACGUCGAGCAGCAUCGUGAUCGCGACCACGAUCUGCCUGAAACGCUGGGGAACACUGCGGAUUAUCUUCUCUACGCGGUCAUCGCCGAUCCGCAUGGUGGCGAUAGCCUCCCAGGCCUCCUUGGCCGUCUCCUUGUUCGCGAUCACCGGCCACAUUUCCGGCGGCACGGCGCUGCAGAGCGCGUCGAGCGCCUGCAUGUCUUCAUGGGGUUCGACGCCCCCUUUCUCAAUGGCGGUCCAGAGCAACCGGGCUCUGAGCUUGACCUUCAUGAGCAGCGCCCAGUCGGAGUAGUUGGUCUUGGUGAGCAUUGGGAACCCGGUCCCGGUGCUCACCUCACGAAUCACCCUCUGGACCACGCCGUCCUUUCCUCCUGCCAUAGCGCGUCUCGAUUGCGCGUUCUCGAUUCCAACGGCUGUACCUUGCCGCGAUCGAGUCCCUGCCCGCAACCUGUGAGCUCUGAUACCACUUGUCAGAAACUCGCCGGAGAGACGACGGCAGUUAAGACGUCGCCGGUGAGAUCACCUCACGAGUCGAGUCACAGGAAAACACAGGAGGAACAAGGAACAAGGAACAAGGGAAAGAAAUAACCGUAAGAAAUAACUAACGGGCUAGUAACGCGCAUCAUGCAGAAAAUUCCGCAUUACCGCACAACGUGCUCUGACGUGUACACGUCAGAGCGCUUCUCGCAUAACACGCAUUACCGCAUAACGUAUGCCGUUAUGCGAACAUGGGGGGCCACGUGCAAGGCUCUCGUUCACAGGACGUGCCCUUGUUCUCCGUCAGCCAGCCCUCCUUCCUGCACGACUUCGCCAUCACCGAGAAUUACGCCAUCUUCUGCGAUAUCCAGAUCGUAAUUCAGCCGUUGCAGAUGGUGUUCGGCGGUGGCUUUCCCUUCGGUACCGAUGCCGGGAAGGUGUCCAGAGUCGGUAUAUUACCGCGGUACGCUGAGUCCGAUAGAGACAUCAGGUGGUUUGACGUGCCCGGAUUCAACCCGGUGCACACCAUCAACGAGUGGGAGGAGGACGGCGGCGCCACCGUGGUGCUGGUGGCACCUAACGUACUGUCCUUGGAGCACGUUCUGGACAAGAUGGAGCUUGCCGUCAGCUGCGUGGAGAUGGUAAGGAUUGACCUCAAGAGCGGGGUCGUGUCUCGAACCCCGCUCUCCUCAGGGAACCUCGACUUCGGUGUGAUCAACCCUCGCUACCUGGGGCGCCGCCAUCGCUAUGCCUACCUCGGCUUGUGGGACCCGCAGCCGAUGGUGGCUGGGGUGGUGAAGAUUGACAUGGAGAAGAAGGGCGGCGACUGCGUGGCUGCCUCUCGAAUGUACGAUCCCGGGAGGUUCGGCGGCGAGCUCAUCUUCGUGCCGGCGCCGGACGAAGGCGAGGGGAAAGACGACGGGUACCUGGUGACGUUCCUGCACGACGAGAACACCCGGAAGUGGAGCUUCCUCGUGAUGGAUGCGAGGUCGCCGGACCUGGAGGUAGUCGCCGAGGUGUCCCUGCCCCGGCGGGUCCCGUAUAGCUUCCACGGACUAUUCGUCACGGCGGAAGAUCUCCGCGCACAGAGGGGGAAAUCCUAG